UCACAGCAUGGGGCGCACCAUGCUGUUGCUGACCCUGCUGCUUGUGGGGCUCCUCAACGGGGGCCUCGCACAGCCGGGCAAGACUAACGUAAGCACUGCACAGAAACAGAGGGAGGGGGAGGGGAGGGGCGGCGAGGGGGUGGGUGCCUCGUGCAGUGGAGGGCCAGGAGGCCUGGGGGUCGCUCUUUUCUGGCUGGAUUCUCCGCGUGUGUGUUGCCUUGGUGUCUUGGUGUCUUGGUGCAGGUGACUGAUGUCUACCCCCGCCGGGGCUCUCUCAUGGGCGGCACAUACGGUCAGCCAGCACACGGGGGAAACGGAGAAACGGAAUGGGGGGGUGGGGCAGAAGACGAUGUCUUUCUUGUCUUUUCCCUGUGUGUCGGUCAGUCUGGGUGGAGGGAACUGGUCUUGACGCUCAGGACCGUGACGAGCUCGAGGCCUCUUCGUCCGUUGUCUACCUCGGUAAGACAGCGAGCGACACACACCAAGUGUAGUGGGCACUCACUUGCUCUUCUCUUCUGGCGUGUGUCUCACUCCCUCCCUCGUGGAUGUGUUGUGUGCAGGUACCACCCCUUGCGACAUCAUUGAGUACGACCACACCUCCCGUCAGAUCAAGUGCGAGACCAGGCCUCGAGUGGACGAAAGCGGCGCCCUCGCCCCUGUCAACAACUUGGAAAUCCAGGUGUACAUCAUCACACCCAUCUGGUCCUCACAGGUACGAUGGAUGCCAGCGGGGUGGUUGUGAGGGGGGGAGAAGAGCAAGGCAAGUCGGCCUUUGUGUGUGUGUGGUGUUUGGUGGGGUGUGUAUAUAGAUUGUUGCGACGGACAAGUACGACUACCGGUGGGACAACACGCCCGUGGUUGAGUGGAUGAAGUACGCCACCACCGCCGGCAGCACCUUCAGGAUCACAGGAGACUUCAGGGGUCAGUCAGUGCAGACACCCAUCCCGUCCUGCACACAGACGCAGACAUCUAUCUGUCUCCAUACCGUUUCUUCCUUUGUGUGUGUCACGUCAGGGUGCAACGACCCCUCGUGUGUGGACCACCACUCCAUCAAGGUGGGCGCUGAGGGAUGUGAGAUGCUCAAGGAGGAGGACGACAGAAACAAGGACCCCAGGCACGGAUUGCACACACAGCCCCCCAAGCCCCCCCACCCACUUAUCCAUCCCUCAUACUGUAUGGCUCUCUCUGCAGGUAUGGCCUGGAGUGCAAGGUGUACGAGGAGGUUGCAGCGGGCCGCCACACCAUCGAGCACAAGAACCAGGACACCGACGACACCUGGAGCGGCUACGGCCGCGCCUACAUCGAGCCCGAGGCCUACCAGUAUGACGUCAACACUGGCGAGGGGUGGCACGUCACCAUCUACCCGGAGGUCACAGACGUCCUCCCCCCCACAUCCGGCAAAAAUGGAGGAGAUGUCGUCGAAAUUCACGUACGCACACAUACACACGCCGGAGCGAGAUCCUCUCCUGCACUGCACGCGCCCGUCUGGUGUGUCUGUCUGUUGUUUGUUUGCAGGGCACAUCUUUCCCGUCUUUCUUCGAUGCCAACACGUCCGUCUCCGUCACGCUCGACGGCGUCACCUGUGAGGUCACCGACGUGACCUUCGACAAGAUCACCUGCACCGCCGGGCCCUCACCCGCAACGUCCCGCAGACUCCAGACCAACGACACUGUGACCACCACAAUCGCCCCCACAACCAUCCCCGUGACCACCACCACCGCCCCCGAGGCCACUGUCACCACCACAGAGGCACCGACAGUCGCACCGACCGUCGCACCGACCACCACGGCCGCACCCACAGCGGCUCCUGCACCCGCCCCGAUCACCCUGUCCGGCAGUUGGAAGCUGGGCCCGCGUGGUAUCCCUGUCCACGUGUUUGAGAAGGACAACUCUGCCAACACAAUCUCACAGGUGGGCGAGGGAGGAGCAGCGGAAGGGCAGCAGGCGGGGCGGCAGGCAGGGACAGACAGGUCUGGUGGUGCCUCUGUGUGUCUGUGUGCAGCGUACAGUUCAGACGAGGGCCCACCUGAAAACGGACGGCUACAACUAUGGCGAGGAGUCUGUCGUGUACUUCAUCCCUCCCGUCACUGGCAAGUACAGCUUCUACUCCACCUCUGACGACUCCUCCAAGACCCAGUAAGCUCAUUGUCGAGCUAGAGAGAUCUGGGGUGCACAUGUGUGUGUACGGCGUGUUGUGUUGUGGUCGUCUGUCAGCUUGUCGAUGAGCAACGACCUGUCUUCGAUGGACAAGCUGACGGAGAUCGAGGACCACUGCCGCGACAGCGACAAUUACUGGUACCACGAGACGGGCCAGAUCUCUUCCAAGAAGACACUCACCGCCAACACGCCCUACCUCAUGAGAAUCGAACACACACAGGUACCUCCCUCCCCCUCUCCCUCCCUCCCUCCGUGUGUCCUCAUGUGUGUCUGCGUGUGUGUGUUUGGCUGGCUGCAGCAUGGCGGCGGUGCAUACUUCCGUCUUGCCGCGCGCAUCGAGAACGUGCCUGACAUGAACACCGACGCCAAGAGGAGCCUGCGCAACUACAAGUCGGUGUUUGAGGUGGUGGAGCUCAAGUUCAACCAGGAUCCCGCCACCAAGCCCUGGGGCAUCGGAGGCAGGAACACGCUGAGAGAGGAGGGAUCUUCAUACCUGGGAUGUGUGUGUCUGUGUCUGUGUCUGUUUGUAUCUUUUAGGUUCGUUCCGCCUGGACUUCAACGGCCAGAGCACUGAGAUGAGUGCCGGCGGCAUCCGCGCGUGGAAGAUCGCCAACAAGCUGAGAGACUGGGGAGUCAAAAUCGCCGACGUACGCCAGAGGAGACGCCCGCCAAAAACACGGCAAUGCCCCUGUCUGUCUUUGUGUGCUUCUGUCUACAGAGCUGGGACGGCAAGGACGGCGCCAUGAUCAUCCGCUUCGGCCAGCCGGGCAGCAGCAAGGGCAACUCACUCCCCGCCAUACAGAUCGGCAACGUACGCACAAACCCAUGUAUGUCUCUGCCUUUAUUCAACUUGUGUCUCUUCUGUCUGUGUGUAUGCAGUCGAUCAACGACCCCCUUGUGAACUGCACCGUGGGCAGCGAGUGGAGCUACCGUGUGCGCGAGGACGGCGACGACAACGACGUGUUCCUCGACCCGGUCCCCGCUGACUACUUCAGGGUGGCCGUACCAGACACACACCCCGUGGUACGCACCCGCCCUGGCAGUCUAGAGGAAUCGGGAACGAGACAGACAGGGGGUGUGUGUCUGUGUCUGGGUCUUCGUGUCAGGUUGAGGUGCGUGUGAACGGCAUGCUGGCCGCCCACUUGAACGAGGCGUCGAUGCACGGCUUCGGCUUCACCUACGACGCCGCCCUCACACCCAGCGUGACCACUAUCAGCUCGACCACACUCAAGAAGGGAGACCCCCUCACACUCACACGUAAGACACCGAACGAACUAACACACGAAGCAUAGGCAUCAGCGGCCCGGCCCCUGUGUGUCUGCGUGUGUAUGCAGUGACCAACAUGGGAACCCCCGCGCUCGAGGACGUCACUGUGACAAUCGGCACCGCCCCCUGCGACCUCUCGGCCGCCCCCACCGGCAACUCCAUCACCUGCACCAUGGGUGUGGGUGCCGCCGGGUCGUUCCCCCUCCAUGUGCUCAUCAAGGGCAGGGGCAUCGCCGACGUGCCGGCCGAGGGCACCGCAGUCAAGUAUGUGCAGACCAUUGACAGCGUCUCGCCCACUGCUGGCCCGGAGGCAGGCGGCACCUCGCUCGUCAUCGAGGGCAGCGGCUUCCAGGCGGAGAAGGACAACAACUCAGUGCUUGUUGGUACGGGCGGGCGCACAGCUAGGGAACAAGCAAGGAGUGAGUGGAGAGAAACGGCACGUGUGUGUGUGUGUGGCCAGGUGGCCAGCCAUGCGUGAUCCAGGAGGUCAGGGAGCACUCGCGGAUCGUGUGCCUCACCCCAGCCGGUCAGGGCUCGCAGCCCGUGACGGUCAACGCGGCCUCGCUCGACGCCGACUCGACCACCGACGCCGGCAGCUUCACCUUCGACCCCGCACUCACCAGCGUCAUCACAUCUAUCGAGCCUCGAGUCAUCCCCUCCUCCAUCUCAAAGACCGUCAUUAUCUCUGGUGCGUUCAGACGGCCAGCCAGCCAGCCAGCCACGAACACACAUCGAUGGGCGUCUGUGUGUGUGUAGGUUCGAAAUUCCGCGGUUCUUACGACAUCCUCACUGACAAGACGGCCGACACCUUGAUGAGCAUCAGCUUCGGCAACCGCGAUUGCCGCGUGCUGCAGGUCAACGCCACUACGGUACUCUGCCGCCUCAAGCGCGCCAAGCCCACCUACGGCGACAACGCUGGCGACGAGAUGGUGAGCCCCCUAAUGGUGGUCGACGAGUGGGGCUACGCCAAGGUGGACGACACACCAGUGACCAAGCUGGACACCAGCUACGAGAUCACCUCUGUCAACUCUGGGGAGCUGCCGUCUGGAUCUCUCUACGGCGGGAGCAAGAUUGUGAUAGCGGGCAAGGGCUUCGCCGAGGACCCCCUCCUGGCCGACUACCAGGUCAUGCUCGUCUUCAACUACAUCCACGCUGACGUCCCUGAGGAGAAGAAACAAGGUCCGUCUGCAAACCCGUCCGUGUGUGUGCGGGAUGUGUUGGUUUGGCGUGCACUCCACAAACUGACUGUGUGUGUGUGUUGAUGGCUGAUCUGAAAGCUGAGAUCCGUCUCGAGUGCGAGGUGACGACGGCGACAUCGACCCUGAUCGAGUGCACCACCCCGUCCUUGUGCGACUACGCCUACCCCACCCGCAGCGUCUACACCAACGGCGAGGAGGCCGCACAGGAGAUCUGCGAGAGGGGACUCUUCGUCCAGGGAGCUAUCAACGUCAAUGUCAACGGCAUCAAGGUCACCCUCCCUCCCUCAUGCACACACACUCACACGAACACGCAUUGAGACGGCAGGAUGGAUGGAUGGAUGUGUGGGUGGGUGGGUGUGAUUGCAGCCCAAGUGCAAAGACGCCAAUGGCUGUGAGUUCAAGUACGCGGCUUCCCAGGCCAACGAGCUGACGUCCAUCAGCCCCAAGAAGGGCAAAGCCGGAGACACCAUCACACUCACCGCAAAACUCGCAUCGGGUACCCACAACACAUACACACACAUGCAUGUGGGUAGAUCCAUGUCUCCAUUCCUCUCUGCGUGUGGGCAGGCUCCAAGAAGAAGUCCGGUGCGAAGCUCCUGCUCGGUGAGAGUGUGGAGGCCUCGUGCGCCGACGUCAGCCACAGCGGCGACCAGGCCACCGUCACCUGCACCAUCCCACAGUACCCCGCCAGCCAGCUCCCCGUCACCCUCUGGAUCGAAGGCACGCUGCACACACACACACACACACACACACACACACGCGCGCGCGCGCACAUACACACACACACAGAGCACGAGACACAACAACACAGAUGGCAACUUUACCGUAUCCUGUGUGCAUCCAUCAUCCAGGUGACGGCUACGCCAAGGACAAGGGCGACGUGGCCUCUGACGGCUUCCUGAACGAGCUGCUUCUGACGGACAUCAAGCCCCGCCGCAGCAGCAUGGAGGGCGGCCGCAUCGUCACACUCACCGGCGAGGGCUUCAGCACAAACCCACAGGACAACAUCGUCGAAGUCGGCGACGACGGCCGGAUCUGCGAGGUGGUCGGCACCCCCACACACACGACCCUGCAGUGCAAGACGCCUACAUACGGCAGCAAACCCAGCGGCGAGCACCAGGCCGACAUUAAGGUCCAUGUGGUGGGCCAGGACACCUCCCUCAUCACCGGCACCCCCGGCGCUCGCAGGAGACUGUCCUCCAGCCGUAAUAAGCAGACACAGACGGUGUGUUGAUGUGUGUCAUUUCCCUGUGUGCGUGCGUGUGCGCAGAUUCGGUGCCCAUCCACCCGUCGGACAAGAUUCGCCGUCGCCUCAAGGAGCGUACUGGCGGUGUUGCGUCGCGCUUCCUGUUGGACAAGGCAGAUCUGGACCACCAGCGCCACUCUGGCGUCGACAUCGCCCUCGGCGGCGGCAGGAAGCUCAACACACACAACGCCCUCGGACACGAGGUCAGCAAAAGACCAUGGGCGCGUACGUGUCAAGCUGCCUGUGGUGAUGAAUGUCUGUGUGUGUGUGUGUGUGCAGGAGGUUGCUGCCUGGACUCAGCAUGCUGUGGAUGUGCUCCGUGCUGAGCGGUCGGUGGUGGAUGAGGCCACCUCUGCCGACGGUGUCCGCCGUUGCGAGGCCUCCGCCACCAAUGCGUCCACCGCCAUCACCAUCCACAACUGGCACCAGGAGGACGUCGCAUCAAGGCGCAGACGAAGACUCGCACGUAAGUCACCAUGACUACUGACACACAACACACCCUGCACCCUGCCCAUUCACGUGUGCGUGUUGUGGCAACACAAUGGGUGCAGCGGAGACCUGGCCGGCUGAUCUGAUAGCCGAGUCGUCCGAGUGCGGCACCCCCUGCCACUGCAAGGUCACCUACGCCAACGCCCUCACACCCGAGCUCUCGUCCGUCGCCCCAACCACCGGCACGUCCGGCACCGAGCUGGUCAUCAAGGGCAGCGGACUCAAGUCCACCACACAGAGCCCCGUCACGGCUGACAACGCCUGCUCGGUGGCCGAGGAUGGCGUGAGUGAGGACGACCAGAAGGUCAUCGUGGGCGGGGAGGUGUGCACUCUCACCACCACUGGCGAGCCCGAUGGCGAGCUCAAGUGCAACCUUGGCGAGACGCCUGCUGGUGAGGCAAUCAGAGAGAGGGAGAGAGAGAGUUCGGCAGAUAGAGGAAAUGGCGGAGACGGUCCUUCUGCCUGUCUGUCUGUCUGCCUGUCUGUCUGUCUCGUGGGUGCAGGCGACCACAUUGCGGAGGUGUACGUAGGAGGCAAAGGUCUGGCCUGGGGCAGCAGGACCAUCACGUCCGAGCUCUCCGUCACAGCCCUCUUCACGGCAGCAGAUGCAUCAGUGGCCGGCGGGCAGCUCGUGACCGUCACCGGCAAGGGAUUCAGCAAGACGCCUGCCCAGAACAAGAUCACCGUGUGUGGCCUCCUCUGUGAGCCCGAGGGCACCCCCACCUACACCGAGUCACGCUGCCGCGCCCCUGCCGUCCUCACCACCACCACCAUGACACUCCUGCAGGCAAGACACGGAGCCGGGGUGCAUGCGGUGGUAUAUCGGCUCGAUGGUCCGUGUCUCUGUGUCUGCUUGUGUGCGUGCAGGAUGAUGGUGUGCAGCUGCCGAAGGUUGUGUUCCCCCACUCGUCGACGUUCAGCAGUAAGGCCAACCAGGGGUACCACGAGGGCCGCAUCUUCGACAACGACCCGGAGACGUACGGACACAUCGAAAUGGACGACAAGACCGCCACCUGCCGCGUCGGAAUCGACAUGGUCGGUACCGUACAUCCCACUCGCCCCCCACCACACAAAGCAAAACAACACGUUUCUCUGUCUGUCUGUCUCUGUGUGUCAGGGUGGCGAUUCCAAGGGUUACCUGACGAACCUUGCCUUCUGGCCGCCCCACUCCCGUUGGGAGCGUGACUUCUUCAAGAAUGGGGCCUUCCAAUACUCGGACGACGGCACCACAUGGACCACAUUCCUCCAGCUGCCCGACGCCAGGCCGCAGGAGGGCUGGAACGAGUAUCGCGUCAGAGACUUCGUCGACGAGGCACCCGUCGUCGCCAGAUACUUCUGGUAGGUACAGACAAGGACACGAGAAGAAAGGGACAUGCGCACUCUGUCUGUGUGUGUAAUGUCUCAGGUACCAAUCGGCGACCUACCGGUGCAGCAUCCACGACAUCAAGCUGGAGGGUCACGUGGUGGCCGCCGCCGGCGACUCGUGCCCCGCGACCGUCAAGGUGUCCCCCACUGGCAACUACGUCCAGGCUGCAUCGACCCUCGCCGGCUGCUUCACCGUCAAGUACUCGACGGAGGGCACCCCCCUGAUUGAGAGCAUCCAGCCCAAGUUCGGCUCGUCCCUUGGCGGCGACACCGUCACCAUCACCGGCACACGACUCACACCUACUGGCAGCAGCGUAUGGAUGGCUGGGCGCACAGACAGGGAGGCAGACACAUAUGUUGGGCGAAUGGUGUGUGUGUGGUUGUGGUGAUAUCUGCAGGCUGAGCAGGAUGCCGUUGUCAAGUUCAACGGUGUGGAGUGCACCGUGACCGGCCCCGCGACGACGUCGGGCGGCAAGGACACCCUCACGUGCACCACCAAAGCCAGAGACCCCCAACAGAUGCAAAGUCGGUGAUCUCAUCCAGACACCACACACCACACCACACCACACACCAGACACCACACGCCCUCUACCGGAUGCAUGUGUGUUGGCCUGGCAGCAUUCUCGACGGACGUGUUGAUCAAGGGCCGCGGUCAGGCGAUGGUCAAGUCGCCCGAGACAGUCUUCUUCCGCUACCUCGAUAAGUGGUCUGACGUGCGCACAUGGAAGGACUUCGAGGAGCCCGCCGAGAACGACUUUGUCGUCAUUCCUGACGGACAGGCCGUCCUUCUUGUAAAUCACACAGCCACAGAAACACCGGCCGGUCUGUGUCUCUAUCAUGCGUCUCUGUUCGUGUGAUGGUGCUCUCUCAGGACAUGUCGCCGCCUAAGCUGGAGAUGCUUCUGAUCCACGGCAUGUUUGUGUGGGACAGGCAGGACCUGAAGCUCGAGGCCACCUACAUCUGGGUCAGCGGCGGCAUCUGGUAAGCGAUUGAAUGAACGCAGGAGUCACAAAGCCACAACAACCACCCACCACACACGCGAUGCAGCGAAUAUUGGGUGUCUUGAUGUGUGCAGGGAGCUGGGCACUGAGGCCGAGCCCUUCGUCAACAACGCCGAGAUCAUCCUGCACGGUGACAAGUGGACGACGAUCGAGAUGCCCCGCAUCGGCAACAAAAUGCUGGCCACCUCGCCCAACCGAUCCAUCGGCAGGCUCGGACAGAUGGACAUCCACGGCAAGGUCCGUCAGCGCGUCUGGACCUUCCUCGCAGAAACUGCUCUCAAGGGUGGGAGACAACGACUUUGCCUCUCUCUUCGUUCAAUGUUUUCAUCCUUGUGUGCCUUCUGUCUGUCUCAUGAUCAUUCAGGUGCGACCACUCUGAAGCUGCGCGAGCCUGUGGACUGGGUUGAGGACGAGCGCAUUCUCGUUACGUCCUCGGCCGGCCUGGGCCAGAUCGAGGAGUCCACCGUGCUGUCAUCCAGCGGCACCACCGUCACGCUCAAGACACCACUCAAGCACGACCACAAGGUCGACACGUUCGCCGGAGGCUCGUAUGGCUUCCCCGACACCGUCAUGACGUGCGAGGUCGCCCUGCUUUCCAGAAACAUUAAGAUCCAUGGCGACUACAACUCCAAGAAACAGGUAGUAAUGAGAAGAGAACGCUCGAGAGAGAGGCGCAAGCAUGGUAAUGUGUCUCUGUGGUCUCUGUGUGUGUGUCAGAAAUACGGAGUCCACACGAUGGCUGCCGUGGGUGCCCUCCAGCGUUUCGAGAACGCCGAGGUGUUCCACUGCGGUCAGCAGGGCAACCUGGGCCGCUACUGCACGCACUUCCACCUGUCGUCCAUCCUGCACGACGGCUACGUCAAGGCCAACUCGAUCCACCACUCCUUCCAGCGCGCCGUGACGAUUCACGGCGUGUGGUACGCCAAGAUUACCGACAACGUGGCCUACGACGUCGCGGGCCACACCAUCUUCGUCGAGGACGGUGCCGAGAAGUGGAACAGGAUCGAGGGCAACCUCGUGGCGCUCACGCGCAAGAACCCCGUCAUGCUUUCAUCCGACAUGAAGCCCGCCAACUUCUGGCAGCAGAUACCCACCAACUACUGGCGCCACAACGUCGCAGCCGGCUCGGUGGCUUUCGGUUUCUGGUUUGAGCUGACAGGCCGCCCCACCGGCCCCUCCCGCACCAUGGAUCUCUGCCCGUUCAACGAGCACAUUGGCGAGUUCAAGAACAACUCUGCCCACAGCAGCAGCAUCGGUCUGCGCAUCUACCCCGGGUGGAACCCCAAGGAGUCGCCGUGUGGGGGCCCCAAGACCAAGCCCCAGUACCUCGAGGGCCUCGUGGCCUACCACAACGGACUCGGCGUCUUCCACGGAACUGUCAGCAAGCAACGAGAGAGACACGGAGACACGAUAUAUCGAGCAAAGUGAGUGAGUGUGUGUGUUUCUGCGUCAGGUUGGUGAUGCGCACCAUCACGACUAUCGUCUGGUGGAGAACGGCGGAGCGCUCGAGUGGAAGAAGAUGAACGAGGAUGUGGGCGUCCACUCGCCGCCCCACUUCUACCACGUGCUGGCGGUGGGCAAGCAGAGCGGCACCGGCGGCAGGGGGUUCCUCAUGCCGCAGAAGGAGUUCUGGAACAUGGAGGACGGCACAUUCGUCAACUACGGAGACAACUGGGCACUGAGUAAGCCGCCUAAACCUCACUCACACACACGUGCACCUCUCACUUGUUGUGUGUCUUUGUGUUUGCCAGAGCCGUGCAUGUCUUGCCUGUCUGACACGAACAUGGCGCAGGGUGCCUUCACGUACCGUUUCAAGAACAUGAAGUUCCACAACUCCAGCAGACGCGUCGAGUGGACACUCAAGGACAUCCUCUGGGAUCUCGACGGCUCUCUCACCGACAAGGGACCAGACAGUUUCGCCACCCCCUACUAUGCCUUCAACGACCGUGGCGCCUGCCAGCAGAUUCAGGGCGUCAGGUACUCAGACGGUCUCACCUGCACUAAUGCCAUCAGGUACCUCACUGAGCGAGACACACAGAUAGGAUAGCCACACACAGGGCCGCCCAGACUCAUGUCACGUCUGGCUUGGCUUCUGUGCACUGACUGACACACCUGUGCAGGAAGGUGAAGUUCUACAGCAUGGAGCCACGCGAGCUCAUGUGGCGUGACAUGAAGUUGUUCGGCGCUGACAACUGGCUGGCGGCCCCGACGGACGACAAGACUGACCGCAUCCCCUACAUGCCCAAAGGUGAGCAACACACACAAACCAAACAAGGGAGGGUGUUGGCGUCUGGCUGGAUUCCAUGCGUUGCUAUUCCCCUGAUUUCAGACUUCAGCGGUUGGGCCGUGCCGAUGCAGUCCGAGGGAUACUACAACAUGACCUGGGCUUCCAAGUAAGUGGGCGAUUUGCGUCCAUUCCAUGGACGAGUGUGUGUGUGUGUGUGUGUUCAUUGUGUGUUCAUCUGAUCUGCCAUCAUCAUUCAUCUGUCUCCCCGUCUGUGUGUGUGUGUGUGUGUAGGAUGAACGGCAACUUCCGCCAGUACAGGCUCAAGUACUCCAUCCCGCCAUACGUCGAACUCUACAAGAACAACACCAAAAGAGACGAAUUCAUGGGUCAGUGCACACCACACGCGCACACACAAAAUCAAAAGGUGCGUCUGUCUCCCUGCCUGUGUCAUUUAUCACAGGUUUGCAAACCUUCUGGGACAACUGGCGCGACCACUUCCUCGUGACGGUCCCCGCCAAGUUCUACGACGACGACAUCUACACCGAGUGGUCGGAGGCCACUCUCGACAAUGUGCAGGAGUCCCGCUACGACCGCAUCCAGCCCCUCGCCAGCAAGGCCGAGGACCACGACGCCAUCACUCGUAUCAUCGGACUGGAAAAGGAUCUCAGGAACGGAGACAUCACCGAGACACGAUUCAAUGCGCCCAUCACCGAGCUCACCAAGGGUGCGUGGGCUGACCGACACACACGCACGGGAGAGAAGGUCGCAUACACGUGUCUGUGCGUGCUCGUGUGUGCAGACAUGCCGUUCGGUACCCACAUGCUGCCUGGCGGCCGCAACCACAACGGCACCUUCGCCAUCAUGAUCAACACCGCCAAGACAUACCAGGAGGGUCAGCAAAAAGAUCCCUUCUUGCGGCCCCAGCAGCUAGCAGAACUCACAAUUCUCCCUCCCUCCCUCCGUCCCGUGUGUGUCUUAAGGUGCGAUCAAGGACCAGAAGGAUCCCUUCAGCUUUGCGGUCAAGGCCCGUCAGUGCCUGGAGACGGGGUGCCCCCGUGUGACCGACGGCGACUGGGGCGACACCCGCUACCCCUGGUCCGACCCCGACUCAUGGGUCGGCGGCCCCGAGAGCGAGGGGUACAUGCAAACCAAGCCACCCCAAGGGAGGCCCACAGAGCGGCGACCCGCUGGUCAUCCCCUCCACACGAUGGAUCUUCAUCGACGACAAGGCCGUCCUCCCAGACACGCCAUUCGCUGAGAUCGAUGUCAAGGGUGAGGAAAGAGGGUCGUAGGCAGGGAGGGAGGGGGGCGGAGACACACACACACACACACACAUGUCUCCGUGUGUGAAGGUUUCCUAGAGAUCAACGAGGCUUUCCUGAAGAAGGAUGUGACGCUUAAGGCCAAGAACAUGCGAGCGUCUGGCCGUCUGGACGUCGACUACCGCAACGACUCCGACCACACCGCCAUCAUCGAGCUGCACGGCACCGACAACGACAAAUCCAUCACGCCAUACGCCGAGGACGUCUGGUCAGUCAGCCAGCCACCGAUAGAUAUCCAACGUGAGGAGAAGACGACUUAUCCGUGUCGUGUGUGUCUGCCCACAGGCUUGGCAACAAGGGCAUGGCCAUAGCAGGUCAGCUGAACCUGUUUGGCUCGCCCGUGACGUCCUGGAGGAAGCUUGACCGCACGGCCAACAUCGGAGACACCGAGAUACACGUGCAGGGCCUCACCCAGCGGUGGAAGGCCCAGGACAAGCUUGCAAUCGGCUCCACCGAGUACAAGUGGGACCAGGUCGAACACGUCACCAUCUCAGGUGAGUGAUCGAGACACACACACAGACACACAGGGCGAUCGGAUAUACACAUGUCUCUCUCUGCAUGUGUGGGUGACCAAGGUGUGAGCCAGGAGGGCAAUGUGACCAAGGUGACCCUGACAGAGGGCCUCAAGUAUCGCCACUUCGCCGGCGUGGAGACACUCACUGACGGCAAUGGCAACACGCGCACUGUGGAGCUGAGGGCGCCCGUGGGCCUGCUGACUCGCAAUGUGGUGGUCAAGGGCGUGCAGACCUCGCCUCAGGACGUCUUUGGCGCACACGUGUCCGUCGUGGCCAUCAGUGGCAAGGACGCCGACCAGGGCACCAUGUAGGCAGCCAGGGUAGCACUUUGGCUACUGGGUGGGCCAUACGUAUCACUUUGUGGGUGGUUUGUCGGUUGUCUGUCAUGCAUCAGGUGGUACAAGUACGGCCACAUCCAAGCCAAGUACGCCCACUUCGAGAACAUGGGUACGAGCAACAAAAGCACAGAAACCAAAAUGGCGAGAGCGUAUUUGUGAUCCCUUCCUUGCCGCUUUCUUACAGGCAAGCAGUCUCUGCCGUGGGCGGCGCUGAACUUCGAGUACCACCUGAAGGAGGGCGACAGCGAGGCGGACGCGCAGCAGGAGGUUGAGAUGAACGUCGUGCAGGGCUGCUCAUUCACUCUCCUCAACUACGGCACCAUCCUGCGGGCCAUCAAGAACGUCCGACUCGACAACAACGUCUACUACAGAGGAUACAAACAGACCGUCGAGGCCUGGAACGACGCGCAGGGCAACUACAUCACGGUAGGCAUGGAGAGACACACACGCACAGGGGACGUUUGAGUAUGUGGCCGAUCUGUGUGUGUGUCUGUGUUGGUUUAGAACAACAUGGUUGUGGGCACCUGGCGAGACCCCGAGGAGACUCUCGACUGGCUCAUCACAUACGCAUCAUUCUACCUCCAAUCCAAGUCAGCCAGGGAAGGAGGGAGGGGGAUCGAUCCAUUCACGCUGGCACGGUGUCCUGUGCUGCUAUGCAGGCAAGCUGAGGUGUCUGGCAACAUCGCCUCCGGCUCACAGGACACUGGAUUCCUUGUGGUCGCCGACGACUGCGGAGCCGGUACUGCAGGACACAAAGAAGAGCUCUGACCAGCCAGCCAUCUCCCACACACGGCCAUGUGUGUGUCUCUGCUUUGCUGCUCCUCAGUGCCCACUGUGUUUGACAACGAGGUCGUUGGCGCGAUCAUCGGCGCGUGGAUGUGGCCUGAGCACGGCACGGGCGGCAGCGGCCCGACGGGCAACCAGUGCAAGGUCAUGCAGCGCUGGACCAUCUGGAAGGCCGCACACGUGGGGCUGCUCAUCGUCGACACCGGUGCCGACAUCGAAGUCAACAAUGUGGUCGUGGCCGACUCACAUAUCGGCAUCUCGCUCAACUACGUCCACUACACCUCCAUCCAGUACACCACCGUCAAGAACGCCAUUCUCAUGGGAACCACCGCAGCCUCCGCCGACUCUACGUGCGACACUUGCCUGGUGGGUACCCCACACACGCAGAUCGACUAGGAUGGUCGCUGAAUGGACUCUAUCGCUGUGUGUGUGUCGGGUUCUGUGUGUACAGGCCUUCACGAAGGGCGAUGUGAUCCCCAACGGCUGCAACUCUGUCUUCGCCGGGCCCGAGUUCACCCCUCUCACGGGCGAGAGAGUCAGACGCGUCGGCUUCCAGACCAUCCAAAAGGUAACCAACCACACACACGCACACAGCGAUCAUGUCUCAUCCCUCUAUCUGACCGACUCUCACGCAGACGAACCGCGCCAAGACGUGCAUCAUGGAUGUGGGUCUCAAUGCUGGCGAGGGCGGGAUGGACUGCCGCCCCCCCACUGUGCCCGAGCGCAUGUGCUCGCCACCCUGGGAGCGCCGCUGCGGUGUGCGCGGCGGCAUGUACGCCCACGUCGACUUCGACAACACCGUGUUCGCCCACUUCAAGGAGAGCGAGUGCGGUGGGCAGAAGGCAUACGCCAUCGCUCACAACCCCACACAGCCCGAUUACACUCCCGACAUGGCCUUCAGCAAGACCAAGUGGAUUGAUACAGGUCAGCUAGUGCAAAGCCUCCCAUCUAUAUCUCGAGUCUCCAUUUGUUGGUGCCUGUCAAUUGGGUCACUGCAGAUGAGCGGGCCAAGUUCCGUCUGGACACUCGUGCGGGUGCGCAGGGCUGCCAGGCCGGGCACAAGACCCCCGCCGUGUGCGACGCCGUGCAGCUGGCGUACGGCCACGAUCUCGACGGCACUCUGCUGGGCCAGGGCACCCCCGGCCUCUUCACGCCCAAGGAGGGUGUGGCAGUGGUGGACAACACCCCCGUGUGUGACGACCUCACGGACAUGGGACUCAAGUUCUGCCCUGACCUCAAGUUCAGGUGGUUCAGCGUCUACUCGAUGGACGCCGACAGCGGCAGCCGCACUUUCGUCCCCAUGGUGGUCUCACGCACACUGCCCGGCACCACCGAGGUCAAGGAAUUUGCCGCACAGGGAAUGCUCGCCGACAUGUGCGCCAAGCGGUACGAUUCGAGCGAAGCUGGACAGAGGAAGAGGGAGAGAGGGCGGGCAGCAGUUCGUAUGGGUGUUUGUGUGUGCUCCCUUGCUUGUCAGGAUGCCGUUCGGUCUGAUCCAGGCGCCGCUGGUGCCCAACCGCGAGUACAACAUCACGUUCCUGGGCACAGCGCCCAACUCGCUGCGUCUGCACUACAUGUCGCCCGACCCCUCGGAGAAGAUCCUGCUCAACAUCUUCUACCGCGACCCCAUCAAGCGACACGUCUUCGUCAACGGCCAGCCCCGCGACAAGAACCUCGCCUACACGACUAAGCCUGAGAUGACCGACCCCCAUGGCGCCAACGCGCUCAACCCGCAGCUGAGACGCUUCCACAUCGUUAUGCAGGGAGGCAGCAACGCCGAGUUCGGUAUGCGACAAUGAAUGAGAUAAGGAGAGACAGCGAUGGGUUGUCAUGCUUGGCGUGUGAUGUGUGUGUGUGCAGGGAGGAACUACAUCGACGUUCGCACGACCAACAUAGUGCAGCUCAACAUGAAGCUGGACGUGCCCAUCGCGGACUUCGACGACACGAACCGCAACAGGAUGACCAACAACAUCGCCACCCUGCUCGAAAUCCCCCCCGAGCGCAUCAAGGUCGCCGACGUGCAGCCCCUCGUCUCACGCAGACUCCACGCCACAGUCUACCACGCUGGCGGCCGGUCCCUCACCUCACUCGUCCACGGGCUGGCCCGCCGUCUGUCUGGCAGUGAGGCGAGUGACGUCAAGGUGAUUAUCAGCCCUGAAGGCGAGACUCCUCCCGACCAGGAGAGCUACGACAUCCAGCUGGCCAACAUGCGCCUGAAGGAGGAGGCCUUCCGCAACAACACCGACACCCUCAAGGGCCAGAUGGCCACACAAGGCAUGCCCGUCCUCGCCGUCGCCUCAAUCCCCCCCAGCCACUGCGCCACGGGUGACUGCCCGCCCCCGCCCUUCGCGCCUCAGACGGUCAUGAUGCCCGAGGACAAGAACACUCUCCCCAACACACUCGGCGGCACCAUCUACGUCACGCGGGCGCAGGACGAGGCGGGCGUCAUGUCCUACCUCCUGAGGUGGGGCGACGCACAGAAGCGGCCCCUCCAGCCGCUCCUCAUGAACAUCAUCGCCGACAUUCCCUCGCACGCCACCGGCCGGGCCGUGGGAGAGGGCGUCACCACCAUCACACACGCCAUCAGCAACCUCACGUAAGCCACCCGAGAGACACAUGCCGAUGGAUUCGUCCAUGUCUGCCUCUCUCCGCUUGCGUCUUUCCGCAGUAUCCCUGCUGGCGCCAGCUACAUUUUGGCCUUCACGAAGAAAGGAAGCCCAAGUUCACGCCGACCGGUCUUCAAUCCAAGGUUGGCGAGUCGGCCGUGGCGGGAGACGUCAAGCGGGGCGCCCAGCGUGCCACCGAUGACUCCCUCCAGGAGGCCGACAUCAAGGCCAUGCCGGCAAGCAAGGGAGACGAAAAAUGGAACGAUGUCUACCGCCGAUACUUCUCAUGGGUGAGCAAGCAGGACGCCAACCAGGCUGGAACGGCCAGCGAGCGCCAGCCAAUCACACCCAAGCCCCAGAACUACGGCAAAACACGACAGUGAUGGGAUGGGACUAGUUGGUGAUGAAGUAGACGUCUCUCUUUCUGUCGAUUGUGUAGAGUACUUACUGUAUUCAUCUCUCUAUCUGUAGCGCCGUCCUUUAUUCGUAGCACUGUAGCCCCUCCCCCGUUCGCUUCUUUGCUCGGUUGCUGGUAUUUGGUCCGUCCAGUUGGUCUGUCCUGUAGCUGAUGCAUGGAUGAAUGUGUGUACUCCUCUCUGCUCUGCUCUGCUCUUUGUCUGUCCGUCUGUUUGACCAGAUUUGACUGCACUGCACUGCACUCCACUGGACUAGUGGUGCGUACGUGUUGCAACUGUGCUGAUUGUUGUUUGGACUACUGACCUUCGUCUGACGUCCCCAUAGAUAUCCGCGUGAUUGCCGAAUCGAACCAGGCAACUACAUGGCUGCAUCGCUGCAUUUCUUUCCAAGUCUGUGGACAGAUUGAGAGGAACACUUGGUCAAGUGUCCAGAAUGCACUCAUGCACUACAUCGAUCACUCAGUCGAUC